UAGACGGUCACACUGCCAUCAACACUAAAAGCAGCCAUAGUCUUGAUAAACGCAGAUUUGUUAUUUAGCUUGAAUAUACAUUAAAUAGUGCUACUUAAACAUGGCAAAGCAUCAUCCCGAUUUGAUUUUCUGCCGCAAGCAACCCGGCGUGGCCAUUGGCCGGCUCUGUGAAAAGGAUGAUGGAAAAUGUGUAAUUUGCGACUCGUACGUGCGUCCCUGCACCUUGGUGCGCAUCUGUGAUGAGUGCAACUAUGGCUCGUAUCAGGGACGCUGUGUUAUUUGCGGCGGUCCCGGCGUUUCCGAUGCCUACUACUGCAAAUCCUGCACCAUACAGGAGAAGGAUCGCGACGGUUGCCCCAAGAUUGUCAAUCUGGGCAGUUCAAAGACAGACUUGUUCUAUGAGCGUAAAAAAUAUGGUUUCAAACAAAACUAUUAGCGUACUGAAGACUACCGUAUAUAUAUAUAUAUGUCUAAUAAAUUUGUAAUGUAGUUUAAUGCAUAUACAUAUA